AUGGCUCGUCUUUGCCUUCACUCGCUACUCUCUCCCCGCCUCAUUUCGGGCUCGGCAACGACCGUUGGCCGCUUCUUACUCCAACGCGGCAGCGUCCUCGAGCUCCUCAUCAAGCAACAAGCUGCCGCCCUACGCCGUGGAACUCAUCUCUGGGCCUCAGCCCUCGCACUCGCUCGAGCCCCCCAGCGAUCCGCUACCCUUCAGCUACCCUCUUCCUUCGCAACGCCGCAAGCUCACGGUCGUCUCGCAUCAACAGUCUACUGGCCAGCAGAUCAUCCAGCACGAAAGCACGACGUCCUCUUCUCUUGGGUGAACGGCUCUGACUGGGAGCAUGCUCGUGCGCUGGACCUCUAUGCCCAACCAGGGGUAGGAAGGGUGGAAGAAUGGUGGGCUGAGGACCAGCGUCAAUCCAAAUCGCCUCGUGCUUCCAAGCGUGACAAGGACGAGCAUAGGACGAGCAAGAAGGGUAUACACCUUCGCGAUGUAGGCGAGAAUCGUUUUAGAGAGAUCGACGAGCUGCGCUACGCUGUUCGCUCUGCCGCCACAAAUCUGCAAGACUUGGGGACCAUUCAGGUGCUCAGUCCAUCUUUCUUUCCUCCGCGCCCCUUUGACAUCGCUGCGGCACAGCCGCCAAAGCAUGCUGCUCCUGUGGAUUGGGAGGCGCCGAGGAAGAAGCAUUCGACGUUUCUUACAGAGGACGGGCGGGUGCAAUGGGGCCAGGUGCCCGGAUGGGUUAAUCUGUCCCACCCCGAGGUGAAGACCGGUGCGAUUACCUCUCCUCUUGGAGGCGAGCACCUCCGCUUUCAGCACGACUGGCAAGUCUGGACGCCCAACUGGCUCAAUCCAGCCUCCACGCUCAACCCUUCUUCAGGCAGUAUUUCCGGACACGUCCUCGCUGCCUGGAAACAGGAGCAUCUCCCAACUUUCAACAGCAUCGCCUUCGAGUCGAUGCUUGGUGCACCUGUCACACCUUCCUCCCGCGAGACCUUCGUCUACGCAAACGACGACAUGUUCUUCACAUCCCCUCUCACCCUCUCCGACUUUACCACACCCCUCUUUGGACCCGUACUCCGCUUUGACCCGACCCUCCUCGUUCGGGGCCACAGGUACUUCGACGAGUCGUCAUCCGGGGAGUGGCCCAGCCUAUCCCACUCCGCCUGGCUUCUCGACCGGCGCUUCGGCACCCGCGUCAGGCCGUACACGGUUCACGACCCACGAACCUUCGAUACGAGGGUGCUGAAGGAGAUGAGGAUGAUGUGGGCUGCUGAGUGGAGAGCGACGGGAGAAGACAGGUUCAGGAGUGAAAGGCUGGAUCGACCGGGGACGAGUACCCACUUUAUGAUGGCGCAUUACUUUGUCGAGCGAUUCAGAGAGGCGGCACUCUGGAGCUACCUCGUUCUGCGUCUCGACAAGAACGAUGAUGGAUUCAUCGAUGCGAGCGAGAUGACAGAUCUGCUCAUAAGCCUACGACUCCCGCUGCCGGGCAAGUCACUCAACGAGAUCAUCACCUCCGGCUCGGGACGAUACACGGGCUCCGUCCUCCUACCACAUCGCUCGCUCUUUGAGCAGAAUGCCCAUCUCUCCCAUCUCAGCUCUCUGUCCCUCCCGCAUCCCCGCAGAACGUCCUACAAAUUUGUGGCGCAAGACGGAGCGUACCCAUUCAUGACUCUCCACCCCUACGUGCAGAGCAAGGCCCCUCCUCGCCCUGCGGGAGGUGGGCAGGCCUCCGGCGUCCAUCAGGUCGGUGAAGAGCCUUACCCGCGAUAUCAUGCUAGAGAGGGCAAGACGCCAAAGACGGACACCAGAUACGGGAAGACGGCUUGUAGGCUGGACAUUGCAGCGUGUCUGUCCGGCCUGGUGCGCGAUGAUGGCAGAAUGCUCGCGCAGGACUUGUUCAAGCGGAUCGCCUUUGAGAAGGGGGAGAAGUGUGGAGAUUGCUUGCUUGUACACCUUCUUGGCCAGUCGGGUCAGCGAGGCCUCAAUGCCUUCCUACCACCGCAGGGCAAAGUCUUCCCACCAUCCGAGACUGCGCCACGUCCACAAGAAGAGCCACACCUGCCUCUCACUCCCACCUACUUUUCCCUGAACAAGUCGCAAGAGCUCUCCGAGGACCCCGCGUUCAUCUUCUCUCCCUACGAAGAAGACAACAAGCCGGACUUCUCUUCUGCCAGUGUGUCCUCCUCACUCGGUUGGGCUCAGAAGUCGCAACGGGACUUCGCCUUGCGCUUGCUACAGCGAUACAGCUACGUGAUCGGCUCCUCACCCAGUCGCUUCCAUCGUAUGGAGUUCGAGGCCAGUACGGCGGCUUUCUUGGAUGACUUGAGCAUCGAGCUCGGCACGGGCGCCAUAGGCGAUACAAACCUCGAUGCGGAGUUGGUGGACGAGAGUGAAGUUCCCGCCUUUGUCUGCUUGAAUGACGAUUAUGGCUCAACGAGCAAGGGGAGGAUGAGGGCUCUGUUUGAGGGAUGGGCUCGGAAGACGUUUCCCGCGAGACCAGCGUGGGAGGAAGAUGGAGGAAAGCAGAUGUAGACGCACUCUAUAGCGAGAGGGGAGAGCGGGCGUAGACGUCACUACCUUGCAAGCAAUGCAGACAGGACAUGAGAGAAAUUCCAACGAGUGGGGUUUCGCAUUGGUCUUCAUUUGCUAUCGCCUGUUCUGCCUGGCUGGGGGUUUUGCCGUUGAGAAAUAGAAGAGGGAGUAGACAAAACCGUUCGCGGAGGGUACAAAGAAAGGUUGAGAGUAGAAGGGCACCGACUGUGGCGCGGUCAUAAGGGCAUCGUGAAGCACCGAAGGACGAAAGAAGAAGAAGAUGUAGUCGUAGAUGAGAAA